AUGGCCGAUAAAAUGGAUGUACGAUCGUUAUUCGAGGACGAUUUGCACAAUGGUUUGGUUUGCAAGGAAGAUUUCAGCGAAUAUUUAAUUGGAUAUGUCAUCAAUAGAAAUCAUGUUGAACUCGAUCGAAUAUCCCAAUUAGUGAUUCAAUGUCAAUCAAGUUUAUUAUUCGAAAAUAUGAAGAACUCUACAGAUGAAGCUGGUUUUCUUGUUCAUCAAUGGUCAUUAGAAAAACUCAAAGAUAUUCUGUCAUCUCCGCAAUCAACAUUAAUCUGCAUCGUGGAUACUGCUGAAAAUCGAUUAGCAGGUUAUUUAUUAUUAACAUCCAUCGAAUAUUUUCAUAAAGACACAGAUUCCCAACAUGGAGAACUUAUUCUCGACAAGAAUUCAAUAACUGAUCAACAAUGGAUACAAUGGACCUCAUCUCCGGCGAUUCAUUACAUCAAACAAAUAGGUGUUAACAAGAAUUAUCAUCGACGAGGCAUCGCGACACAUUUAAUUAACCUUGCUAAACUGCAAAGUAGUCAAGGACUGUGCACACUUGUUAUCGUAGCACCUUAUUGUAAUGCGGCAUCAGCGAAUUGUUUUCGGAAAAAUCAAUUUCAACCGAUUGCUGAUUGGAAUCAGAAAAUCUCCGAAGGAUUUGUUCCGUUCACGGCAACACUUUUUCUUUGGCCUUCAGUGAUGUCUCAUAAUGUUGGAUAA